AACUUCCACCUUAUUAGGUACAUAUUUAUUUAUGUAACAACUGAAAGUAAAACAGAAUGGAGGAGGGGGUGGAGCAUUUGCUGGUGUCACUUGUGCAAACCUUAUCCUAAGUUCUGUGUCGUGUCGACUUGCUGCUCAGCACUCCGAGACUUUGAAGGUUCCUGCACACUGGAGGUUCCUCUGCUCUUGCCGGUCCAGUGCUUCUCCCAAGAUUGGUUCUGUGAUCCUGUGCUCAGAAUGAACCUGAAGGCCUCAAUAUGUAGUUUCCUGAUCCAGAUGCUGUGCUUCUCUUCUGAGUAAUGGUCCAGCAGGCAGGAUGCUGGGGACGGCACGGCCAACACAAAACUCUGCUGGAGCAUUGAGCAGGCUGCAGAGUCAGAAAACACACCUGAAAAGUAUUUGUCUGCAGUAUCUGCUUCUGAACAGCCAUUGCUUUUGCCUUUUAAAGAAUGGAAUGGGACUAAUCAUCUUCUUCCUAUGUGCUUAUGUACCAAAGACAGAAGCAGGUCGUUGCAAGUGGGCAGAAGUUCUGGAAGAUUUGAGAAGGAUCAAGACAUCCAAAGAUAUUGAUGUCAGUUUAUACACAGCAAACACAGAUGAGGAUGAAGAAUGCCAAGAACUUGUAAUGAGGUGCUUUUUCUUAGAGACAGAAGUGAUAAUUCAAGAAUGUCGUAUCAAAAAUUGUAGUAAAAUACAGGAUGUAUGGAACAUAUGGAAAAAUGGAAAUGACAGCUUCGAAAAAAAUAAGUUGGCUUCCACAAAAUCAGAAAAAUGCAAAGAAUGUGAAGAAUACGAAGAAAAAAAUUUUACAGAAUUUGUACAAAAUUUUGAAAAGGUUAUACAAAGGAAUUGCAAACACUGACCAAAAAUACAUAAGCUGGGAAACAUGAUUCUUACGUGAACACCCUCAGAGAAAUUAGAUUUUCACCAAAAAUAAACCAGAAAAAAAUUUGCAA